UUAAAACCGGUAGGACUCCAUGAAUACUGCAGUUUUAUUUGUUCCUUGGGGUACAAAAAGUGGAUCUUGAAGUAUGUACUACCAUUCAGAAAUCCUGAUUUGUUUGGCAUCCUAAAUUGGCAGAUUUUUUUUUUCAUUUUUCAUUCAGUAUCGUGAAAAAUUGCUCUUCCCUUGUAAUGUUCAGAGAAGAACAAAUUCAAUAGUUGACAUACAUUUUGAACUGUCACUACUACAAUUAAAGUUUGUUCUUUAAAGGGCUUUAAAAAAUGUAACCUGUUUUUGGCCAGUCUCUUGCGUCGUGGGCGUGGCCAAAGACUAGUUAAAGAAAUAUAGGUCAGUUUCACAGCAAGAGAGAUAUCUAGAUCCAGCAGCUGCUCUAAUGUAAAAACUUUAUUCAAAUCCACUUUAGACACUGGUAGCUGACCAGUUCUGCAAACUUUAAAUAACCACGUAAAUGUCAGGUUAUUAUUAUUAUACCAGAUAGAAACACUGGACUGACAGGGAAGGAGGUUGAGAAAGAUAAAUUCCAAUUAACUUUUCCACAGAUAGCUAUUUUGGACAGCUGUGUUAUUUGGAAUGAGUCAUUCUUUAAUAAAGAGGACCAUUGUAGCAAUGUUUGGAGAUGCUCAUUACCAGAAGGUUGACCAUCAGGGGAUGAAUUUGUUUUGGCCACAGCAAGUCAUGAAUGCCAGCUACUAAGGCACAGAACUAUUGACAUAUUGAACAUUUGAGAUAGACCUAUGAUCAUUCUCUUCUGCAACUUCUCCAAAAUAUCUUAAAGUGUGAUGUCCCUAAAUGGAUCUACCAUUUUAAUUGAGAUCUGACUGAAUAAGAGUAAUCAGAUAUGGACAUGUGCUGAUUUAAAGUAUUUCUUACAACCCGUGGAGCAAUUAGUGCUUUAUGAAGAUGGGGUUUGGAAGUGACCUGAAGAAUUCACAUGAUGCACUUUUAAAAUUGCAAGAUUGGGAGUUACGACUCUUGGAAACAGUCAAGAAGUUUAUGGCACUGAGAAUAAAAAGUGAUAAAGAAUAUGCAUCUACUUUACAGAAUCUCUGUAAUCAAAUUGAUAAAGAAAGUACUGCUCACUUGAAUUAUGUUAGCAAUGUAUCCCAGACUUGGCUACUAAUGAUUCAGCAAACAGAACAGCUUAGCAGAAUAAUGAAGACACAUGCAGAAGACCUUAACUCUGGACCACUACAUAGGCUUACUAUGAUGAUCAAAGACAAACAGCAAGUAAAGAAGAGUUAUAUAGGUGUUCACCAGCAAAUUGAGACAGACAUGUUCAAGGUCACAAAGACAGAAUUGGAUAAAUUAAAAGCAAGCUAUAGGCAAUUAAUAAAAGAAAUGAAUUAUGCCAAAGAGAAAUAUAAAGAAGCUUUGUCUAAAGGAAAGGAAACAGAGAAAGCAAAAGAUCGUUAUGACAAAGCUACAAUGAAACUUCAUAUGUUACAUAAUCAAUAUGUAUUGGCUUUGAAAGGGGCACAGCUUCAUCAGCAUCAGUACUAUGAUACUACACUUCCUCAGCUCCUGGACUCAUUACAAAAAAUGCAAGAAGAAAUGAUAAACGCAUUAAAAAGUAUAUUUGAUGAAUACAGCCAGAUUACCAGUCUUGUUACAGAGGAGAUAGUCAAUGUCCAUAAAGAGAUUGAGACAUCAGUUGAACAGAUUGAUCCUAGCACGGAAUAUAAUAAUUUCAUAGAUGUUUACAGAUCACCAGGUAUUGAGGAGCAAGAAAUUGAAUUUGAUGCUUCUUUACUUGAAGAAAAUGAAAAUCUUAAGGCCAAUGAGAUCAUGUGGAAUAAUUUAACAGCGGAGAGUUUGCAAAUAAUGUUGAAAACUGUUGAAGAAGACUUGAUCCAGACACAGCAGAUGCUUUUAAACAAAGAGGAAGUUGUCCUGGAACUAGAAAAGAGUAUUGAAGAAUCUUCUAAGACCUGUGAAAAGAAGUCUGAUAUUGUGCUUCUGCUGAGCCAAAAACAGGCACUAGAAGAGCUAAAACAGUCAAUUCAGCAAUUAAGAUGCACUGAGGCCAAGUUUGCCGCCCAGAAAGAACUCCUUGAACAAAAAGUACAAGAGAAUGAUGGAAAAGAGCCACCUCCCGUGUUUAAUUAUGAAGAAGAUGCUAGAUCAGUGACAUCAAUGGAGAAAAAGGAGAAAUUAUCUAAAUUUGAUUCAAUUCGACAUUCCAUUGCUGGGAUGAUUCGGUCUCCCAAAUCUGUGCUGGGCUCUCCAUCAUGCUCUCCAUCGAAAGUAGCAGAGAAACCUUGUACUUCCUCUAAAAAGUUAACUGAUGUCAUAUCAUCAAGUGAGAAGCCACUGGUAGAGCAGGACUGGUACCAUGGUGCAAUUCCCAGAAUAGAAGCACAGGAACUCUUAAAACAUCAAGGAGACUUCUUGGUUCGAGAGAGUCACGGGAAACCUGGUGAAUAUGUCCUGUCUGUCUUUUCAGAUGGACAACGAAGACACUUUAUUAUACAGUUUGCUGAUAAUCUAUAUCGAUUUGAAGGAACUGGGUUUCCAGCUAUUCCUCAACUUAUAGAACAUCAUUAUACAACAAAACAAGUCAUUACUAAGAAAUCAGGUGUAGUCCUGCUGAAUCCUGUUGUUAAGGAUAAGAAGUGGAUUCUCAGUCAUGAAGAUGUCACAUUGGGAGAAUUAAUAGGCAAGGGUAAUUUUGGUGAGGUAUAUAAGGGAACAUUAAAGGAUAAAACUCCUGUUGCUGUAAAAACUUGUAAAGAAGAUCUUCCUCAGGAACUGAAAAUUAAAUUUUUACAAGAGGCCAAAAUACUCAAACAAUAUGACCAUCCUAAUAUUGUCAAGCUUAUAGGAGUUUGCACACAAAGGCAACCCAUUUACAUCAUCAUGGAGCUUAUUUCAGGAGGUGAUUUUCUCUCUUAUUUGAGAAAGAAGAAAGAUGAACUAAAACUCAAACAGUUAGUGAAAUUUGCAUUAGAUGCUGCUUCUGGUAUGGCAUAUCUUGAAAGUAAAAACUGUAUACACAGGGACCUUGCUGCAAGAAACUGCCUCGUAGGGGAAAAUAAUGUUUUGAAGAUCAGUGAUUUUGGAAUGUCUCGUCAAGAAGAUGGUGGAGUGUAUUCAUCUUCUGGCUUAAAGCAAAUUCCCAUCAAAUGGACUGCUCCAGAGGCUCUCAAUUAUGGAAGGUACAGUUCUGAAAGUGAUGCCUGGAGCUUUGGUAUCCUUCUCUGGGAGACCUUCAGUUUAGGAGUCUGUCCAUAUCCUGGAAUGACCAACCAACAUGCCCGGGAACAAGUGGAACAAGGAUACCGGAUGGCAGCUCCUCAGAGGUGUCCUGAAGAAAUUUAUAAAAUAAUGCUGAAGUGUUGGGACUACAAACCUGAAAACCGCCCCAGCUUCAUUGAACUUCAGAAAGAGCUAGCUGCCAUCAAGAAGAAAGUGUCAUAGGGAUGAAGUCAUGCCAGAUACCACCUACAGGACUCUGUUUUCCAGCAAAGUAAUAUUUUUCCCUCAUAAACGAUGAGUUUAUACUACAUUACCUGCAAUAGUCUAGGGUUACUUUUUUAAAUUAAUUGGGGUUUUUAAUGUGCCAAUUUGAAAAUGUCCAAGGCAUAUGCAUUCAAGAAAUAGACUGUUCUGCCAAGUGCUGCUUAGCCGACCACAGCUCUUCUGCUGUACCGAGCCUUCCUCCAUAGAAAGCCCAGCCUACACACGUAAAGGGCCCUGGAUCCUCUCUGUUUGACAUGGAUUAACUACAAUCGAUAUUGCUCAUUCAUAGUUUGCUCCAUUUGUGGUUUGUUGCCUUAAGUCAUAGAGACCUAAUACAUUGGUGCUAUAAUCCUCCUUGGUGAUGCCGAGUUGGCAGAUACACAUUCCAGCCUAACCUUGCUCAUUUCAUGACUGAGGCAAGAUUCUAUUUUUAGAAUAUUUUCCCAAACUUUUAUUUUCUUAAUAGCUUGCAUCACAUCCGUUGACAAGGUUUGAAACAUACUCAAUUUUCCUCUUUAAAAAACAAUACUACAUUUUGCAUUUGAGAAUAUUUGGACUUUUUAAAAAUAGUAUACUGGGUCACCUCAUGCUCAUCUCAUCAGUAGGGUUAACGUUUUCCUUAUUCCCUCUCACCCUAUUUCUCUUUGGUCAGAUCAUCAGAAACAGAGUUUCCUUUGAGAGCUUAAGCCAGAGGUUUAGCUGCUGCUUUGAAUGAAUCCCGGAAAAGGUGCUACCAGCAGGAGGAGUAAAAGAGAUUCAAAGCAUCCUAGGAGUAGUGAUGAAGGUGCAAAUGAAAGGAAAUACAAAAUUGGUUUCUUAGUAGGAUCUUUCUAAUUUUUUCCUACCCGACCCUUCUCAGUGUUACAAUUAAGGGGCCACAAAAAUGUGUCAAUACCUCCUGGAUUCCAUAAAGAGUGAGCAAGAAGUUAAUUUCUAAAGAAACCACAAAACACACGUCCACAAACAUUAGAGAUUCUUUUCUUCUUAGUCUCUUCAGCCUUGAUAGAAGCACCCCAGAGCUUGGUUCCAUUCAGCCUGCUGCUCCAGCUGUUGGGAUGUCAUCAUUUUAGUCCUCACCGUACACAGAGAUUGGCUGAGGUGCACAGUAGAGUCUGAGGGCACAAAAAGCAGAAUCGCAUUCCGAAGAGAAAAGCAUUUCUGGGCACAUUCUUCUCUGCCCCAUCCCAUGUUGCUGCUCAUACUCACAGCUAAACUUAGCCGGCAGGUAGCAAAGCAUGUUUCUGAGAUGCUCGGGAUAUAUACACAAGUGUACACACGUGUGGGUUUCAGUUGCUCCUUUGCCACUAGCUUCAUCCAGUUAUACAUACAGUCAUACAACAUAGCUGUAUGACUGCAGCUACUCCUCGGGCUGUGUGUGUGUGUGAGUGUGUGUGUGUGUCGCUCCAGCUUGUGUUUGAGGAGAAAUGGGAAAUGGCAGUAAUUGUGAUCAGGACUAAAUGGUGGCAAAGGUAAGCCUUUGAAAAUGCCCAUAUCUAUUCCUUGCAAUGUUGCUUUGUUUUAGAUAAACAAGCUAAAAUUCUAGGUAUUUUGGAUCUACUUUCCUCUGCCCUUUGUAACUUCUUGGUGACUUUUAUUGCACGAGAACCAAGCACAGAAUUUUAAAGAGUGAAAGAAAUGACGCUGAAGAGAAGAUGCCCCGUAUUUAUCAGAUUUCUUAUGAAAAUAUGUUUCAUACAUAUUGAUUGCUACACUCAGCUAAAAUGAAAACAAUUUUCCCUAAAUGAUUUGUAUGUGGUAUAUGAAGGAAGUGUCCUUUUAAUCAGUUUUUCUUUUCAGUUCAAUCAAAUGAUGUAAAUAAAUUGAGCAUUCUAUUGCCAUCACAUAUACCUGUGCUAGUUAAUACACAAAUGAAGAAAAGCACCAACAGUGCUUCUUAGGAUCCCAGAUUUUAGUCAGGAGGCAUCUUGUAAAUCAAGCCCAAUCCGCCCCCCCCUCAUUUUAUAGCUGAAAAAAGAGGCUCUGUGUAGUGACUUGUCAUGGGUCCCACAGGUGGAAGGACUCUGCCUCAUGUCCAAGGCCUCCACCUCUUUCCUCAUUUAAACCAAUCAGAGGUUCCUACCUCAGUUCUUGAUGUGGAAGUAGUAAAGAAUGUGGCAAUUUUCUCAUCGACUGGUAGCAUUUCUUUUUCUGGUCAUAAUUCCACAAAGGAAUCUCUUCUUUUAUUCUUUUUCUGUGAAAGAGACACUCCCAUUAUUUUGCAAAUCUUAAUUAUAUUCUCUUAUGUAGGGGAUAUUUUAUUUUGGUUUUAAUUUUAUGAUCACCAUUGGGAGUAUAAUCCUUAGAUACUGGUAGAAAACAUGAAAGUUCUCUCAUCCAAGCUGUUAAAAUUUGCAAUUCACAACCCAACUCUAUUUAAAUUUAACAGUCUUUUCAAAACAUGAGAAAGUUUUUGACAUUUAGAUUACAUUUGCUCUUCAUUCUAAAGCAGACAGCUUUUCCAUUCAAGAUCAGUAACUGUUCAGGAGACUUUCAGGAUUAAAUCAGUUGUUAAGAAUGCAAAAUUUAAUAUAGGUAUGUGCAUUAAAAAAAAAAAACUUUAAAACAUUUUUGUGCCAUAAAUUUCAUUGUAUUUGAGACAUAAGUUAGUCUCUCUUUCACUGCUAAUUUUUGGAAUUAUGUGCUUUAAGAGGCUAAUCCACAUCAAAAGCAUGAAUAUAAAUUCUGUUCAUAGUUUGCAAGUUUAUGGAAAAGGGAGUCUGCAAAAGAGCAAAAAACACUGAUUUAUUUGCUCGAUGAGAAAAGCAGUUAUAGCAUUAAAGAACCUUUCAGAUGUCAUUAUGAUCUGCUUUUCCAUUUCCUUUGGGUAUUAUUUGUUCAUUGUAAUACAAAAUCUUUGUAUAUUUAAUGGAUUAACUAAGGGUUGGAUAUAAACAUUUUUUGUACAGAUCUUUCUUUAUAUAACUCCUUGGAUUUACUCCUAAUUACUGGAUGUACAACACAAUCAAGUAUUCUCUGACUUGCAUUCUUUCAUUUAGACAUCUUGGAAGAGCUUUUUAUUGAAAAUUUUUAAGUAACUGAUAAUUUAUCAACCAAAGAAUUCCUGGAGUUACAAAUACUAGUAGCAUGCAAAAAAUAAAAUGGAUUAGGGAUUCUGUGGAGUCCAUGGUUAUAUCCCCAAACCAACAUAAACCUUUCCAUUCAGGGGAGGUCAGGCAGGAAAUACCAGGUUUUAGUUGAACUUUCAAAAAUAAAGACUUUUAUCAGCUUUCCCCAAAGUCCUCUAAUGAAGAUCUCAUUUGUUUGCCUUUUUGUAAAUUCACCAAAUAUAAUUAUUUGGUAAAAAUCCAUAGCCUGGGUAAGACAUUUCCCAAGUUUAUUACAAUUUCACAACAGAUAGAAUAAUAUUAAAAUGCCAGGUUUACAGACCUUGAGCUGAAAGAGAAAUGUUGCAUUUUCUGUACUCUGAAUUUUGUAAUUUAACAGUCAUUUUUAUUCACUUGGAAGAGCUAAAGCAGUGUUUAGAAAUUGAAAUUGUUUUGAGUUUCCUUUAAACUAUAAGGGUUUUUUUUACCCUAUGAACCAUACAUAAACUGUUUCAGUCUUCCAAAAUAGUUUUAUAUGUAGUUUUGGCUAACUCCACUAUAUUAUGGUGUCACUUUAUUACUUUAUUAUUUAUUAAGUAAAUAUUACUUAAGAACACUAUUGUUAGACUGCCUAGCAAGAAAGAAGAAAAGCAUUUAUGAUUCAUGCCUCACCCCAAGGAUCUGAUAGCUGGAUGAGCACACAAAAAAAUGAUAAGGAAACAAUCCAUUUCCAGAUCAUAUAUCAUUGUUAUUUUGAAGUGUAGCUCACCUAUUUAAGAUUAGUUCUUGUGAAUUUUUAGAUGUUCUAAGUAAAUUACUAAGACUUUGUGUGAACUAUUUAUGACCACAUUCCCAUCACAAUAAGAUUGAUUGAAAAUAUUUCAGGAAGAGUAUUGUUUGUUCCAUUCCACAUCUACACCUCACCACUGCACUAAUUUAAAUAUUUCUUACAAAUAAAUUGGUGGCAGCAGUAAGUAGUGUCUGGAUCAUGAAAGUAUAGACUUUAAUCUUUAAGAAUUCACAACCCUCUUGCAGAGCAUAAUAUGUUGUGAAAUAGGACAACAAAGGAACAAAGAUUGAUAUCUUAUUAAGUAAAGUAAGAUAUUUUCAAUAUAAAAAUGGAUUUCUAUUAUACUUUUGACUCAACAUGAAAGUUUGCUAUUAAAAUAAAGUUGUCACUUCUUUUAUUAUCAAUUACAUGUUGCUAAAACACACCAGAGUUGUUUUAUUUAACAGUCUUAACUUUCUUUCUUUCUCUCAGUUUUAAUUAGUUUAGCCUAUUAUCUGAAUAUUAGAUUCUUUGGGAUACUAAAAUAAUUUCUGCAAAAGAAAUAUUUAAAAACUUCCCAAUGCAGUGUCUUCGUGAAGGAAAUAUUGACAACCCACAAAUUUUUCAUUAAAAAAUUGUAAUUAGAGAUAAAAAAAAAACCUCAAAAUAAUAUACCACAGGUCUAAAUCAGCUAAAGGAAAUAUUGUAUUCCCUUGUAAACCAAACUUUUGCUUUCAUCCUAAUGUGAAGAGUAAGCAUUCUGUAAUAUAUUUGUAGUCAUUUGAAAUCACAGAGAAGUAAAUAGGCUUAGUUGGCAGUAUAGAAUAGAAAGAGGGGUGAGAGUGGAAACCAUCUUUAAAGGCAGAAAAAAACCAGUUAUUUCAUUCUAAGAUGAUAUAGUUGUACAGGUAUCAUGAAAAGUUUAAGGAGAACAAAAAUAGAGAAAAUAUCAGUAGAAACCCACAGGAAAGCAACAUCAUUGACCACUGGGACCAAAGGAAGCAAAAUAGGUCAGUUGCCACCAUGUUGUGAUCAACUGGAGGAUUUUCAUCUGUGACUAGAAUAAUAUGGUGUCCAAAUUGCAGAAGUACUGUUUAUGCAGAAACUCAUGAGAUCACUUUCAUGGAAUGGCAUCAUGGGUUUUCCCCAUAUCGGUUCAAUCCUGUCACUCCCAGAUCUAAGGAAUUCUUCUGAGUCUUCCAUCAUAUCCGCAUUAAACCAUCCAUUAACACCAUUUGGCUAUUGUUAACCAAUUUGUGUUCCAGACUUAUAUCUUAUUCUGUCAUACCCUGCUCUCAAAAAUGCAAUGUCAACCAUAUGAGCUGCCCAGCCGCCAGCAAACAAUGUGACAGCAUUAUGUAGUUCUCUGCUUUAUGCUAAUAAUUUGCAGCAGACGUUUAGAAUCAUCUUAGACUGUCAUGAUGUAGCAAGGAAGAGAAAGACUAAUGAAAAAGGAAGUUUGUGUAGAAAUUGAGGGUAAGGACAAGAACCUAGGGAAUGACAAAAGGUUUAAUAUUGAGUCAAUAAAUGCAGUGAUGAAAAGGAAAAAAAGAAUUCAAAAGAGUUGUUUGGAGGGGUCUCCCGUUCUGGAUUAUUCUCUCUUAUCUUUUGUCUUCAUAGCUAUAUGAACACCCAGAACCUUGGUAGGUCUAUCCUUCACUUAUUUCUUUAAAAUUUCCAUUUUAAAAUGUUAAUGAUUUUUAAUAAGAGACAUCAGAGUAAUUCAGAUCUGAUUUCCUUUCUACUUUCCAUAAGGCAUUGAGAUAAACUAUUCAAUCUAUUGGAUUGAAAUUAUCUCCUUGUCUUUUUUCCCAUUAAGGCUCCCCAUAUUAAUUUGUAGUUUAGAUCCAUUCGCCUCAUAGAUAAAAUAAAGGUAAGCUAUUUAAAAAAUUAUCCUGGAAGAGGAAACUUUUGAGAAAAAAACUGGAAUUGCUGACUUGUUCAACAGGAGAGGUAGAUUAUUUUUAGUCAUACAUGUAUUAUGAAGGAUCUAUAAUCGUGAGGAUCACAAUACAUAUGACUUAUAAAUCUUAGGCAGUUUUCUGAAGCACAAAGAAGUUAAGAGAUUUGUCCAGUUACCAAUAAGGGUCAAAGGUGGAAUUUUAAAGAUUCCUGGAUUCCAAGUCCAGCCCUCUGUCCAUGAGGCUAAGGUUUUUCUAUCUUUGGUUCAUACUGAAGUUAAGAAGACUUUCAACUAUCUUUACUUGUCCCUGAUAAGGAAUCAACUCUGAAUUUUCUUCUUUAAACAAACAAACAAAAAAAAAACUUGUAGAAGCCAAAGCUUUGAGAUGCAUAUCUGAAACCAGAUUUUCCUUCAAGAGUCUUCUUUGCACACAAAAAAGAACUCAAACAAAAUUCUGAGGGCCAUUUGAAGAAUUUGAGUCUUGAGUUCUAAAUUCCCCUAAACAAAUUUGUUCUACAAGUAUUAGGUAAUGAAAUGAAACAUUUUAAGUUAACAAUAAUGACAUUGAUAUAAUAAAGGAUACUCUAUGAAACUAUAUACUAUACUAUAUGCUCUAAAGAAAAUCUACUAUAUGAGAGGCCCUACGCUCGGUCCUGGUUUCUCUGGUUUGUCUUUCUGGUUUUUAUCUUGACCUUUAGAUAAUGAUCAUUUUUAACAUCUCCUGCCUUAAUGAGCAAGAAGGGCUAAUCUUAUACAGUGCCUAUUGUGAAGUUUUUCUCUGGUCCUCUGAAGGUCCCUCUCCGAAUAGCAGCUGCAGUCCAUCAAUUUAUCAGUCCCUGUAUUCCCAGUACUCAAUAUACUACCUUGCAUAUAAUAGGCAUUUAAAUGUGUGUAGAAUCAGAUUGAAUUAUUAUGCAUACAGCAUCCAUUAGGUGCAAGGUUCAGUGGGAAUUGCAAUUGAGGGCACUGAGGAAUACAAGACUCAGGCCCAAGACUUAUGGAGUUUAUAAUCUCAUUGGGGAAAGAGGGCAUGAACUGAACACAAAGAGGUACAAACAUACAAGGGAGCAUACGAUAAGUAAAAAACAAAUGGGGAAACAGAGAUCACCUUAGAUUGGGGGGUGAGGGAGGAGGGGUGGUCUGGGAACCUCUUGGCCAGAAAGCUAGUCAGGAAUAGGUUGUAAACAGACUAACAUUCAAAAUCCCUAAAAAUAAAAGACGGUUGCCUUAGAUCAUUAUACAACAUUUAUUCCCAGUGCCACAUCCCUCUCUCAUUCAGUCUUUUCAAUGAUGUCUUCAUCUUUUUUCCUUGCAUCCUUUUUCUGGUUAGUAAAUGUCCAAUGGCAUCUCUGCAGUCAUUUACCAGAACUCUGAAGACUUGUCUGUGACAUCAUGAGUGAUAAAACAUAUAAGGCUUUACCCUCAAAGUAAGCAAGCUUACUUAGAACGGCAAAUGAAGAAGUGCUAUGUUGAAAUAUUACUCAGUUAAAAUAUUGUGACUGAGUUCUCCAAACCAAAUAUUCCUGCUCCUCAAGGAAGCAAAAUGUCAUAAGCAACAACUAAGUUAAAAGGGGCAAAAUGCAUCAUUUCAUCCAAAGUAGCUUCUCGGUAGGAAAAAACUGGCAAACCAGCACUUCUAUUCUCUAAUAGUAAAGGAAGGUAGAGGGGAGAGCCGGGGUGAUGGGAUGGAGACUGGAGGGCAGCUUCAAGGAGUUUGACAGAUAACCAAAAUAUCUUCAUACUUCCAAGUGGAAGCAUUAUGGCAAAAACUGGGCUAUUUGUCCAGUCAUGCCAUACAAACCUUGUUUUCAAGACAUACAUAAAAGAAUUGUUAGAAGGAAAUAGUAGUUGAACAGCACUUAAAUGGGAAAAACUAUACAAAGAAUUCACAAUUCAAAUGGCUAGACAGAAUAAUAUUAUGUUAUAUUAGCAUUGUCUAUUUUUCUAAGAGAAAACUAUUCAAGGCCCCCCAAACAUUAAUUAGUAGUAUUUUUUUUAUUAAAUACCCUCAGGGAUUCCAUUUUUGAGUCUUUUGAAAAAUCUUUUUUUAAAGAAAAAACCUAAUUCUCUAAGCAGGCAAAUAAGGCAUUAAUGUGUACUCAAACACUUCUAUAAGUGAUCCUAGCUAUCCAGGGGCAGGAGAACCAGAGAUUUAAUUUAGAGCCUGUAUUUUCCACAAGUCUUUGUAAUAAACACUACAAACGAAUCCCUGGAUGCAGGAGGGAGUGGGUGUGGGUGGGUUGAAGAACACUGAUUGGGAAGUAAAUUUUAAAUAAUGUUACUGGAUUCAAUGUAAACCUACCUAUCUGGUGUCAAGAAAUCUCAGACUGCUGUAUGAAGUAGCAGUAGCAAAGGUGGCCUAAGCCACUGAACUUAACCAUUAUUAUUUUCCUCAUAAUGCCAUUUUCUAUCCUCACAUAAUAACAUUCUGGCCCCACCAUAUUUUUGAUUACCUUACAGCAAGGGCAGCCAAAAGACUAUUUCCAGCAGAACUGGUUUUGUUUUCCAUAAUCACACCCAGGAUGCUCACUGGCUCACAUCCUUAGUUGGCCAAAACUAGACAUUUUUGUAUAUUCAAAUUAUGCAAUGAAAUUUGACAAAAUCCUUACACUUGAGCUAUUAAAAUGAUCGAUUCUGUUCGAUUUACUUGGUAAUAUACAUUAAAUGCAUCAGAAGACUAAAUCAGAGCUGAGGCAUGAAGUUGUGCAAUCAGAAAGAGAGGGUGCCAUUUCAGAUUCAGUCAUUGAAGUGUAAAAGUACAGAAUGCAGCCAGGCUAUUCCACUCCCCUCAGAAAAGAGGUGGGAUAAUUCCAGGAUGGGCUCAUUAAUACUGAGUGUGCCAGAAAGGUUUUUCUAUUCUGUUUUAUUUACUUAUUUCUCUAUGGAACAUAGAAGGCCUAAGGGAUGUGGUUGUCAGCACAUAUGCCAUCUGCCUUUGUCCACCCUCAGCCUUGAGGAUAGCACGUGCCACCAUGGCUUAUGACUUUUAAAUGUAGCUAAAAGUUCCAUGUAUUUUUCUCCACUUUGUGACAAAAGUGUGUUUCCAUGAACUUAAGAUCAGGGAAAGCACCUUUAAUGCUUUUUGUUGUUGUUUAAAAAUAAUAUAUUUGUGAAACAGAUAAUAUAGAACACUGGAAUUAGGUGCUUCUUCCAGCAAGUGUGAAAAGACAAUGUCUUAUUAGGUUCAUUUGGCUCUUUAAGCAAUAUAAAAAUGAAUGAUACUUAAGGAUGUAAAGCAGUCAUUAGUUGUCCUUUAUCAUUGUAACACAGAUCUGUAUUUAUCACUUAUUUAUUUGUCAGUUUUUACAUUCAUAAGAAAUACUCUUUGAAUUUCUGCUAAAACAGUAUUUUAUUUUCCUGAUUUUCUCUCUUUAAAAUGGAAAUUCAUUGUUUUUAUAAACUGUCAUUUCUUAGUAGUCUUUUUUUGCUUCAAAUGGACCAAUCACCACUAAUGGGUCUAUAGAUCCUUUUACUGUAUUCUUAUAAUAAAUGUAAACUAUUUGUAGCAAA